AAACUAAACUUCAAGGGCAGGUGUGAAAAAUUAUCAACCACUCAACUUUACAACAUUAUUUUUUUAUGUAUUUUGAUUUAUUUUUAAACGUUCAACUUUUAAUUUAAUUUACAUGUUUGUUUAUUCAUCUUCUUUACUUAUUCAAAAAAAAAAAAAAAAAGAAAAGCCACUAGAUCAAGCAGAACUCGUAUCUUAGUAUUCCCUGGUGUGUCGAGUUUAAAGUGCUAAACAAAAUCCCCAGACCAAAGACGCAAAAGAAAUAAAAAAGCACAGUGGAAGAUGAUGACUCAGCAGAGAGUGAAUAACCAGUGGAUCUUGAUAGGGUCCCAGGUAGCAUCGCCUGGAGCUAAAACUUGCUCAGUCAGAAAAUGACUGACAGAGAGCUGCAGCAUCGAGGGGCUCUGCACACUGCGGCAGUGCACUCUCUCUCUGUUGUCUUAACCAAUCCCAGACCAGCUCAGUGCUCAGAAAAAAAAAUUGGAGAGGGGGGGGAGAUUAGGCUGUAAUUGAUUGUCUAAUGUUCUGACACGGGCAAGUUGAAGAACAGCACACAUCUAGGCACUACCAUAGCCUGCACCAGUCACCUGUUGAUCUCUUCACCUCGCCAGCAGGACAUAUUCCUUUAUGUACACACGCUGCCCUAUGCCGAGGCUUAGUGCACAGACUGCAGUACAAUACAUAUAACCAACGUGCUGCACAGCAAAGAAUCAGAGCUGCAAUAAUAAGAUGUAAAAAUGGAGAAAGACACUGAAAAGACAAAACCCCAUCCAUUGCACAGAAUUCACACAGGAGAUAAACAUGACCAAAGGGUAAAAAGUCAAGAGCUGUCACCUCUUUCAAAACGAGACAGUGGCUAUGCCUCACCGGGUAAUGUUCUACAGGAAAAGUCACAUUUCACAUUUGGAGACUCCUCAGUGAUGUGGGAUACGGAGACUACCUCAGAAGAUCAAGACCAGUUGUUUGAAGAUGAACCACAAGGAGCCUCAACUCCAGUUUCACAGCCUAUCGCAAUUCCCCGCAGGUCACGGUCACAGCGCCGCUCAGGCGCUAAUGCACCCCUUUACCAAGAAGUGCCAUCGCCACUUGGCCUUUCCCCCAGCACCGCCCGUCCAGCGCCAUUAUUGCACCGUUUUUCUACUGGAUCCUUUCCCCAAGAAUUCUUAGACCACGCUACAGGGCGCCAGUGCGAUUGUCGUGAGGUUGGCACGCAAACCACGCACAUCGCAGGACAGAUGAUGACACAUGCUAUUAGAGGAGAACUGGUGUUUGAACACGGACCUCUGUGUGGGGCUUACGGGAUCACAAGAAGGAUCAGUUUUGUUGGCAAUGCAGUUGAACAGAUCAGACUUGGACAUGGUGAUGUGGAGGAUGAAGCAACAAGACAGAGAACCGACUCCAUGCCUUUGCCUGACCUUGUCCCUGUGUCUCGGGGAAGAGCAAUGUCCGUCCCCGCUCUCAGGCGCAUCCGGACAGAGUCUGAAAUUGGCCAGGAAUUGAGGAGAAUCAGUGACGAGUUUCAUUUGUCAUACAGAUCUGAAUACCAAGUACCAGAAAGAGAACCGCAGGACCAGCAGGCCUCAUCUUUUCCAGGAACUGGACACCAUAACGUAGGUUUCUUCACCAGAAUUAGACACUUCUUCUCCCAGCGCCGCCUCGUAGCACCUCAGCCUCAACGACAAAGACGAUACACGGGGGACGGUCUGGUGCAUCAUGAACAAUCGGAGCCUUCUGAUUCAGAAGAAUCGUGACAGUUAUAGGCUGCUAAGUCAGAGACACGUACAUGUUUAACUGUUCACUGCUCACAGGUUUUGUUAUGAAAGUUUUCAAAAGAAAAAUUCCAAACUUGUUAUUAUUAUAAUUAUUAACGUGUAUUAUGAAAGAAAGGGGAGAUUUUUCAUCACUUUCAGAUGGAAUGGUGCUGUUCCGAAAUGGGACUUUUCCAGAGAUGCCUGUAAGCUGGCUAGUAUAAGGAUUGUGGUCUUCCUUCUAAGAAGUUGGAUGUUGUUGUUGAGAUUACUACAGUCAGGAAUGUUUUGAUAAAAGAAUAUUGAUCUCAAUCAUAAAGCCAUGCAACUGUCAAAUUGUUUUCUUGUACAGUUUGUGUAGUAUUUGGUGCAGGGUUUGAGAAGACUGUUAGUGUACUCUUGUUCUCUGUCCCAGAGUCUAGUCAUUGCCAAAAAAGAAGUUGGGACUGGUGCAGAAAAUCUACCUAGAUGUUAUUGAAUUUGGACGUCUGCCUCAUUGUUUUUCAAUUGACAUUUUCACACAUUUCCAUUUUAUAAAACAUUUCAACGAUGGUAAAAGCAAUGGGCUUUGAAUCAAAUGAACAUUUCUUUUGUAUUGAUGAAAUUUUUAUUUUUUUAAAGCUUGGUGUAAUAUAUUUGAAUCCUUUAUAUUGAAUGAGAAUUGUGGAGAGAAGAAAAUGAUUGCCAAUUUUUUUAAGAUGGAGAUUUCAUAUUUUUUCAAGGCAUAACGGAUUUCCAGUUUAAUGCCAAUAUGUAUGAUGAAUGCUUGCCAGGUCGGCACAUGUCAAAAGUUUUCCAAUGAUCUCAUGGACCAAUAUAUAAAGAGUCCAAUAAUA